AAUCGCAGCUGCACUCACAUUGUGGAUAGAAGACCAAAUAAUGCCUAUCUGCCUAUUUUGGUGGCAGCACUCCUGCUGGCUGUAAUCGCUCUGUUAUUCGUUGUGAUACCCUACAUCUGCAGGAGGCGUUGUACAUCAAAAUUUAUAAAGACUAUUUGCUGCCAAGGCCCACAGCAUUCAGAAGAGAAUGAAGAAUCACAUGCUAGUGAAACUGCACACGGUGCUGUUAAAGCUAAACCAACACGUCUGCUCUCCCUGGAUACUUUCCGAGGGUUUUCCCUGACUGUGAUGGUGUUUGUGAACUAUGGUGGUGGAGGCUACUGGUUCUUUCAGCACGCACCUUGGAACGGUCUAACUGUGGCGGAUCUUGUCAUGCCAUGGUUUGUGUUUGUAAUUGGGACCUCAGUGGUUUUGGCUUUCAGUUCCAUGCAGAGGAGAGGAGUUAGCCGCCUGCAGCUGCUACGAAAAAUCACCUGGAGAACAGUCGUCCUCUUGCUGCUCGGCUUCUGCUUUCUCAACUACUCUCCCAAAGACGGACCACUGUCCUGGUCCUGGCUGAGGAUCCCAGGAGUGCUGCAGCGUCUGGGCUUCACCUACUUUGUUCUGUCUCUCCUGCAGACUUUCUGGGGCCAGAAAGAAAUCCCACUGACUGCGUAUAACUGGUGGAACCCGGUCCAGGAUAUUCUCCUUUACUGGCCACAGUGGCUGAUCAUCAUCCUGCUGGAGACUUUGUGGCUGUGCUUAACUUUCCUCAUGCCUGUUCCCAACUGCCCCACAGGGUAUUUAGGAGCCGGUGGAAUUGGCGAUAACGGGCUUUACCCAAACUGCACGGGAGGUGCAGCGGGAUACAUCGAUAGGUGGAUGUUUGGUGAUAACAUGUACAGAUACCCCACGUGCAAAGAAAUAUAUCGCACCACACAGCCCUUUGACCCAGAGGGGGUUCUGAGUACCAUCAACUCCAUUGUCAUUGGAUUUCUAGGGAUGCAGGCGGGGAAAAUUAUAAUUUUCUACAAAAAGAUGAAUGUCCACAUCCUGUGCCGAUUCCUAGUGUGGACCCUCAUCCUGGGAAUCUCCGCAGCCAUCCUUUCUAAGUGCACGCGAGACGGAGGAUUUAUACCUGUCAAUAAAAACCUUUGGUCGUUGUCCUAUAUCAUGUGUAUGGGCUGUUUGUCUUUCCUGCUGCUGGGAGGCAUGUUCUUUGUCGUCGAUAUCAAGGGCUGGUGGGGUGGACAGCCAUUCAUAUACCCAGGGAUGAACUCCAUCUUUGUGUAUGUUGGCCACUCUCUCCUGGGCUUCUACUUCCCUUUCAGCUGGGAAAUGCGCUUCCAGCAGAGCCACUGGGAGUGGCUCUUUCAAAGCCUGUGGGGGACUGCACUGUGGCUGCUCAUCGCCUACCUGCUCUACAGGAAGAAAUUCUUCCUCAAAAUAUAAGCAGGAUAAUCCAUCCCACUUCUGUAGAUUGUAUUAUUUUAUAUUUUCAUUUAA